AUGAUUAUCGACCAAACUCUAUUAUCCAAGACCAAGAUGUUACCCAACCCGUUUGUGAUCCCUUCAAAAGCUGGAAAAGAUAUAACCAUUUUCCAUGAAGACCUACCUGAAAAUCCAGACGAAAUAUGUAAUAUUCUAAGAGAUGAAAAAACGAUCAUGAUGUAUUACAUUCCUAUUGCGCUCCAUUAUAAUAAAAAUCGGGGGAUGCCUCAGGCGGCCAUUAGGGUUCUAGAGCGGGGAUUGAAAGAGGCAAAAGGAACCAGUGAAGAUAAUAUGAAGAUAAAUAAUUUGAUAGCAUGUCUUAAUCUUAGGAUGGCCAAAUAUCCGCAAGAUGGCCGUUUCCCGAGCGAUGAACGAAAGAGCGAGUUAUUAAAUGAAGCAACGAAGCGUUUUAAUAAAGCUUCACAGAUCAGAUAUUUGCACCUUUUGCGAAAUGAUCCAAAUAUGGCCAUGAAUGCCUUUACAAAUGCCACAAAUCUUGCUUCAAAUAAUAUUCCGGCACUGUUUGGUCAGGAUUAUAGGGCAGCACUCAAAAUUUAUCAACAAAUAAUGCAAGCUGAUCCUAGUCUCACCGAGCCAGAUCCUCGUGUCGGAAUAGGUCUUUGUUAUAACAAGCUAAAUAAUUUUGAUCAAGCAAUCGCAGCGUUUGAUAGAGCUAUCGAAUUGAACCCAAAUAAUGUUUCUGCAAAUAUUCUCCUCGCCACAAUGGAGCUCGACAUUUCCAAACAAUGGCAGCAAAUAAACGAAGAAGAAAGGUUGACGAACUUUGCUGCAGCCAUGCGUCGUGCGAACAGAGCCCUCGAAUUAAAUCCAAAUCAUUCUAGUGCAUUGAUUUUACUGGCACAUGGAUUUUAUUUCCAAAGAGAUUUUGAAAAGAUUCUUGCGAUCUUAAAUGCUAUUUCUGCACUUGAUGAAACCGAUUCGGUAAAACGUGAAAAGAUUUUUGAAGAGUUUGAUAGGAUCACUAAAGCCAUUUCUGAGAAAGAUUACGAUAACCCCGAUAUUUUCAUAGUAAAGGGAAUAUCAACUGAAGGGAAGAACGCAUAUAAAAGCCUUCAAUCCCUGAAGAAGGCACAGAAAAUGUACGAGGAAGCCAAAGAACCUGUUCCACUCGAAUUGUGCAACAAAAUGGGGAAUUUAUGUUUCAAGCUUGGUGAUUAUGAGAACGCAAUAACAUAUUAUCAAAAUUCCAUUGAUACGUCAAAAUCUCAUAUCGAUUCCGAAAGAGAUGUCGAAAUUACCCUACGAUACAACUUGGCGCGUGCUCUAGAGGCAUCACAUAACUACGUAGACGCGCAAAACAUUUACAAUGAAAUAAUAACAGAACAUCCAUCAUAUACGCCAGCACACCUGCGUCUUGCAGCGAUCGAAGAAUCUCAUAAUAAUUAUGAGAAAGCAAAUGAAAUUUAUAAUGAACUUCUUGAAUUAGAUGAGAAAGAUUUGGAAGUUCGUAAAAGAAGAGCCAUCAAUAUCCUGAGACACGGGGAAACUCGCACAUCUAGAAAAUAUCUCGAAGCCAUUUUAAACGAAUAUGACAAAAAUGAUGCGGUCGCUUUGACUGCGUUAGGAAGUCUAUUCCUUAGCAAGGCUCGAUCAAUUAGGCAAGAAAAUAUGAGGGAACAGCGCGAAGCAAACUAUAAAAAGGCCGUCGAAUAUUUUCAAAAAGCUUUAAAGACAAACGCGAGAAAUUUAUGGGCGGCUAAUGGCAUAACAGUGGCAUUAGCGGAGUCAGGGAGACUUCGAGAGGCGAAAGACAUGUUUUGGAAGUUACGAGAAAGGAACCCUAUACCCGAAAUUAACAUCAAUUAUGCACAUGUUUGUUGCCAUCUGAAUGAUUAUCCCUCUGCCAUACUAGCGUACGAGAGCGUUUCCAAAAAGUGUCACAAUAAGGAUGUGCAAGUUUUAGAGUGGCUUGGUCGAUCAAAUUACGUGUUGGCUAAAGCCAAAAAAGACAUAGAUAUGAUGGAAGAAGCCCUUCAAUGGACCGAGAAGGCAUCCCUAAUUCAACAGGGGAUGGCUCAGAUGAUAAGCGAACUUGAUUCAAGUUUAUCUUCUUCAGUAAUUACUCGUGCCAUUGAAGAUGUCAAAUCUGCUAAUGCUUUUGGGCUUUCGGUAAUUACUUCCCUCGAAGGAAAGUAUCAGAAAGCAAAGGAGGUUGAAGAGGCACGUCAAAAAAGAUUAGAAGAAGAACAAAGAAUUAAAGAAGAGAAGGAAAGACAGUUAAAUAUUCAAAAGGAAGAGGAACAGCGUAGAAAAAGAGAAGAACUAGAUAAAGCCGCCGAAAGAGAUAGAAUUAGGAGGCAAGAAUUGCUUGAAUAUGAUGAACGACAAAAGCUCCUCUGGGGAGAGGAAAAUAAGAAGCGGAAAAAUAGGCAAAUGAAUAUUGACGAUGACGAUUAUGACGAUGAUGAGGCUAUUCAUAUGUCAAAG